ACUGUGAAACGGCGAUCAAUACACUUGACGCCGCCCGUGUUGGCGCCGCGUGUUCCUUUGCCAUGGACCAUGAUCAUGAGACAGGGUCAACGUCUCCCAUCGAUCCCUCACGACCAGCCGCCGUCCAGGCCCCCCCGCAGCAAUCACCGUUAACACGGGCGUCGUCCAUCUCGAGUUUGGUCAAACCCUCCUCCUCCAUUGGCACUACUAAUGCCAAGAGCAACAAGGAAAGCCGGACCCAAGAGGCGCUGGCAAUGAAAGACGAACAAAUGCGGAUCCUGAGCGACCAAAACACGCAGCUGCUCGCGACAUUGAACCAACUGGACGAUGAGCUGCAAACGCUCAAGAUGGAAAAGUUUCACAGCGACGACGAGAACAGGAGCUUGCGGGACGCCAACUUUGAGCUGCAGAGCCGCAGUCGUGCGUCGGAUGCUGUGGUCAAGAAGGCCGAGAGCAACAUGGAGGAGCGGGAAAUGCAAAUCAAAGUACUCACAGACCACAACGGCGAAUUGCUCCGGUUGUUGGAGAUCGAAGAAGGGCAGUCGGGGGCCCUCGGCAAAGAAAAUGCUACGAUGAAAGUCGAGAUGGAAACGCUAGCGAGCAAGUAUGCGUCGCUCAUGACCACUGCCAAAAUGCACGAAGAGAUGGCCGGGCGGGCGAUGCGCGAUGGGCAACUGCGCGCCGAGGAAGUGCGGCUGCUACGAAUCGACACGGACCAACUGCGCACGUCCAACAACGAGCUGAAAAUGAAGGCCCAAGUCGAAUUGGAAUCGCUGCACGAACAACUGCGCGUGCGCAAGGAAAAGCAGUACCAAUUGCUGGAAAAGAUUCAGUCGUUGGAAGAAGCGAAGCGGCAGAGCGACGAUACGCUGCAUGGCAUGGAGGACAAGAUUCGGCAGCUGCUCGAGCAAGGCCAAGAACGAGACACACAACUGCAGCUUGAAUCCAAGGCCAAACGGUCCCAGAUUGACGCCAACAAGCAUUUGCAGGCGGACAAUGACCAACUGGCGUCCGAUAAGACCUCACUACAAAGCAGAUUGGAUAAAGCUGAACAAGAAAGGACACGGAUGGAGGCGGAAAACCGAGACUCGGCCGACCAACUGCGAGAAAUGGCGGAAAAGGUGUUUCAAUUGCUGGAGCGAUUGAAACUGGCCGAGUUGGGCAAAACCAAGUCGCUGGACGCCCUCAAGCAAAAAGAACUGGAAAUGAUUUCGUUGAAAAAGAAGAACGCACGGCUACUCAAAGACGUGACCCAGGAAGGCAAGUCCCGCGUCAAGAUCGAAAUGGACAAGGACGUUUUGCUUGAGCAGUUGCACGCACUCAAGAAACACAACAACCAGCUGAGCAUUCGUUGCCGAGAUGAAGUCAAGGGCAAGCUCAAAGAGGCCGAAGAACGCGGCCAACUGGCAGAGAAACUUAAAACUAUGAGCUCCCGCGUGAGCUUUUUGCUCAACAAAAUGCAAGCGGACGAAGAAGCCAAGCUGUGCACGAAGGAAGACAUGAAGAAAAUGCACGCGCAGAUUUUGAGCAUGCAAGACAAAAACUCGGAACUGACCCAGAAACUCAACACCACUGGCGAAAGCAAUCGGGUGGUCACCGAAGCGUUGCGGUCUAAGCAGGACGAGCUGGACACACUCACCAUCAAGUUCGACGCACUGCAGCACAAAAUGGUCACUCAAGCGAUGCAAGAAGAGCCAUUGAUCGAGUUGGAUGCGGCCAACAACAGCAACAAUCGCAGCGGCCACCACGAAGGGUACGCGGACGACAAGGAGGCAGAGGCGUCCGGGCGGUUCUUUGUCGAGUGUCGGGCGUCGCACGGGGGGUUGCUCGUGGUCAAGCCCAAGCGAAGCACCCAUGGAUGCCCCGAGUACCUCGACAAGCUCGGCAUCAACGCGUACUUGAAGUGGGCGCAAAAGCAGCAAAACACCAAGCACCGCCUCGUGGAAAAGAUUGCCCUCAUGUGCCACCAGUUGAUGGUCGGGGAGGAAGCGACUUUAGCUGUCCAACAAGUGCUUGAAAGCAAGCAGGAUCAUCUCGACCAUGUGGGCAAGAAGUGCCAGUGGCUCCAGGAUAAACUCACCACCGAAGAAGACGCUAAACGAAAAACGUUGAUUCGCUACGUGCAUGAAGUAAAAUCCCAAGUGUCGGCGGACGGCGACGCCAAGUUGUGCCUAAAGUUGCCGGAAAGUGGCAUCGGCGACGAAGAAGUACACGCGAUCGCCGCGCUUUUACGCAACAACAGCUCAAUUCACGACUUGCAAUUGCAUGGAAAUGCCAUCACCAGCGAAGGGGCGCGGGCCAUCGCAGCCAUUUUGGGGUCGACAACUUGUGGAUUGUCGCAUAUUGACCUGCGCAAGAACUUUGUGGGCGAGGACGGCAUACGAGUACUCACGGAAGCGUUGGAGCGGAACCCCCGCAUCCGACAUGUGUAUGUGCACGCGGGGGGGAAAAUCGAAGCGCUCGGGGCCAACAAGGCGACCAACAACAACCACGACGGCAUUGUGCAGGUGGAGACGGUGUGCGUGAUCGACGUACGAGAAAACCAAGCCAAGAAAAACGACAUGGAAAUGCCAGACGAGUUGAUGGGGCGGCCUGGAGGUGGCCCCUUAUCAAACGGACCGGGCAGUGAAUUGUUUUCAAAACGACCGUCGGCACUGGCGUUGGCGAAUGUGUCUGUGCAAGAGAAGAAGCGCGAGUGGCAGCGAUUGCAGAAACAGAAAAAGCAAAUGCAACUGGACCGAGAGAAGCUUAAGGAAAAGGAACUGCACUGGAACGGGCGCGCGGGGGGGUUGGAGCUGUCGGUGACCAAGUCCAAGAAGACGGCAUUGCCGCCGCUGGACGAUGCGGCUCUGGAGAGGUCGGCAUCCGUGCCCCACAUGAAAGUCAGCGAGGAGCAGCGACCAACGUCCAGCGGGGCUGAGAUGACCACUUCGACCGACCAACUAGUGGCGGGCGGUGUGAAGGAGGCACAGGCAGCCCUCGACGCCGCCUUACUCGACUCAGCUGGCGGUGCGUCGCCAGAUAAAAAGAAGAAGUUUCAGAGCGCCACGGCGUAUAGUCGAAGGUUAAAAGAGUCGCCUUUAGCUGGUCCGCCUAGUAAACCACCAUUGUGAUACCAAUUAACACGGUCCUGGGUUUUACAAG